AUGACGGAGAUGAAAAAGAAAAUGGACCGACUUGAGACCAAUUUGAAAGAGGAAAAAACCAAACGACAAGAAUUAGAGAAAGAAAUGAAAGACAUGAAGAAGCAGUUGGAGACAAAAGAUAAAGAUGCUGAUUGGACACAGGCCCGGGUUUCGCCGGCCAACCUCCUCCAAGUGCCGGGGAGCAGCCGGCCCACCUCCACACCACCCACCUCACCCACCUCCCGCCGCCAAUCACAGAUCUUCGACGUGGUUGCGGACGACACCAAAGACUCCACGGAGGACACCGAUCCUGCCGACGAUCCCGCCAGCCCCCCUGUCUCGCCAAAAUCACCCGUUCAAGUAAACGUAAUUCCGCCGUCAGCCUCUCCCUCGGCCUCUCCCGUGGCCGCACCUGCCUCUCCAAUGGCCGCACCUGCCUCUCCAAUGGCCGCACCUGCCUCUCCAGUGGCCGCACCUGCCUCUCCAGUGGCCGCACCUGCCUCUCCAGUGGCCGCACCUGCCUCUCCAGUGGCCGCACCUGCCUCUCCAGUGGCCGCACCUGCCUCUCCAGUGGCCGCACCUGCCUCUCCAGUGGCCGCACCUGCCUCUCCAAUGGCCGCACCUGCCUCUCCAAUGGCCGCACCUGCCUCUCCAGUGGCCGCACCUGCCUCUCCCGUGGCCGCACCUGCCUCCACCGCACCUCCUCCUGCCCCAGCAGCCCUGCAGGCAGCCCCUGGUGGUGCUCAGCUGCCGCAGCCUCGACCAGCCAGGCGGCGCCAGUGGGCGCUUGUUGCUGACCCUGCGCUGAUCGUCGUUGGCAAGCGGCAGAGGCGAGCGCCGGAGCGCUACCAGGCCCCUGCAGACUCCCUGCGUAAGCGGGCCAGGAGGAACUAA